AUGGAGGAGCUGAGGACGAAUUUUGAUGAGGGCGUGGAUGACGACGACGACGACGACGAGCCCAAGAAGCCCGUCAAGAAGAAGUGCACCCGGGCCAACUAUCCCAGAGAACUGAGGAGAAUGGCCCUCGAUGAGAUCCUCGUGGCCGACGGCUUGGGAUAUCGCCAUAACGGUACCUUCAAACCCUCAGUUUACAUCCGGGCCGCCGAUAAGGUUAGCGAGAAGUUCCCUAACUUCGAGAUUACGACCAAGAACGUGAAGUCUAUCGUCGAGGCGUACAAGAAGAAGUAUCGUGUCUAUCAGCGCUUGGGUCGUCUGUCUGGGAUCGGUAUUCGGAUCGACGCGACUGGGCAGCAGUACAUCUUGGACAACGACGUUUGGGACAAGCUGAUCAAGAAAAACCGUGAGUACGGUCAAUUCAAGGGCCGUCCUUUCCCGGAAGCAGGGGUGUGUGAGCGGCUCUGGGGUGACGUGCCCACCGCCACUGGCCAACUUGCGAGCUCCAGUGCCAACCCCGCCAAGCGCAAGGACAAGGAUGGUGAUGGUGAUGGUGCUGGCGACGGCGACGAGGACGACGAGGACGGCGACGAGGAUGGCGAUGGUGACGGUCCGUCUGCUAAGAAGCAGAAGGUUAAGGAGACCCCCCGCAGAGAGGCACUGCAUGCCCUGGCCGGCAUCUCCAAGAGCCUGGAAAUCCAAGCUCUAGCCUCUCAAACCUUGGCGGAAAGUCGUGUCAAGCGCGACGCCUUCGAGCAGGAGAGAUUCAAGGAGGGGCAAAAGCUCUAUGAUCAACGCCGUCUUGGACCAAGGACCAGCAAGUUGCCUACCAGACCUACCCUCGUCUCGCCCUCUCGAAACCAUACUUUCUUCGCCUACCUCGGCCUCUCCACCCUGACCUUUUCCAUCGAGGAAAGGACGUCCCUUCAUUUCAUGAUGACACUGGGGCUUCGGCCCAGGACAUCGGCGCUCCAGACCCCAACCACCAACUCUUCCAACAUUCCUAGCGAUCAAGUCAACAACCACGUCGCCAAGCCGAGAAGGUCAACUGCCAAAAAGGCUAGCUACGUAGAGCCUCAGACGACCACGGAUAAGGACGAGUCGGCUGCGUCUGUCGACUACGACGCCUUGGAUGACUCUCCCACCGACCACCUGGCUAAGAAGACGCGCACCACUCCCAUCAACCAGCGCUGCAGCCGCAACAAGCAAAUCAAGACUGCUUCUCGAAAGCGGCAUCUUCAGCAUUCCAUCACUCCAUCUGGGGUGGUGGCUGAAGAUGCUCGACGUCAAGUCCCCAGCGACCCAUCAAGCUCGGCGACCAGCGAGCGAGGACAUCAGCGCUCCAGAUGA